AUGGACUAUAAUAGUAUUGCAUCAGAAUUUAUUAAAUACUAUUACAGUGUCUUUGAACAAGAUCGAUCUGGUUUGGCAACACUUUAUCGGGAUCAAUCUAUGCUCACCUUUGAAGGCAAUCAAUUUCAAGGUGCAACGCCCAUUGUUCAGAAACUGACGUCUUUACCUUUUCAGAAAGUAUUGCAUAAAGUAAGUACCUUGGAUGCGCAGCCUGGUCCUGCAAAUGCUCUAUUAGUGGUUGUGACUGGUGAAUUACUGAUCGAUCAGGAAACAAAUGCAACAAGAUUCACACAAGUAUUCCAGCUGAUUUCCGAGGGAGCCACAUAUUGGGUUCUUAAUGAUGUCUUCCGCCUCAAUUAUGGAUAA